AUGGGCUGCAUAUGUGCAUCAUCAAAAGAAGUUAGAACGACCAGGCAUAUGGUUCGCACUCAAAUAUUGACUCGAGCCACCACAAUCGAACCCCCAACUGUUAUUCAUUUAAGGCCGCCAAUGCCAAAUGCCUGUUCUAGAAGAAAAGUUAUUAUAGAUUCAAAAUAUUCUAAAGAUGAUAUAAAAGCCCUUGAUCAUACCCCAUCUAACACCCAGAGCAACUUUUUUCCUUACAGUUGUCCUAUAUGUUUUAAAUAUUUUACAAGUAUUUUAACAACUAAAUGUUGUAAAAACUAUAUUUGCCUCCAAUGCGCGACAGAUCUGAAAACUAAGUUUCUUAAUUUUGAAGUGGUAUGCCCCCAUUGCCGAGCAUCUCCUCUUCAUGCAAUAGACGUGACCCUUGAAUCCCCAAUAAAAAAAUAUACAGACACUCAAGAAAGUAAAAACGAAACCACAAAAUCUGCUGGUUGGCGAUCAAUUAUGAAAAACCAAGAUAAUAAUGAUAUAACAAGAAUGCCGGGAAGCAUUUCAGAAAAACAAAUAUCAAAAUCAUACCAAAUCUCUAUGAUGUAUACAACAAAAUAA